AUGGUUUCCGCAUUCUCAGGGAGACGUGCAGCUUCGCAGCUGUUGGGGGCGCCAAUCUGUGCCCAAUGUCGCCGCGCCUUUUCCUCCAGUCCGGCCGUCUUCAGUGGCCACAACCGGUGGUCCAAGAUCAAGCAUGAGAAGGGAGCCGCCGACAAGAAGAAGACGGCGGCGCGCAGUCUCUUCGCCAAGAACCUCGUCCUCUACACCAAGCUAUAUGGCGCAAAUCCGGACCUGAACCCCCAGCUGGCCCGCGUCAUCACCGAGGCCAAGAAGUCGGGUAUGCCCAAGGCCAACAUUGAGCACGCCAUCGCGCGCGGCCAGGGCAGGUCCGCCACGGGCGAGAAGCUGGAGACGGCCAUGCUGGAGGUCCUGGGCCCCGGCUCCGUCGCCGUCAUCAUCGACAUUGAGUGCGACAACAAGCAGAGGGCCAUCAAGGACCUCAAGGUCGUUGUCAAGAAGCACCUGGCCACCGUCACGCCGACGACUUUCCUCUUCACCAGGCUGGGUCGGACGAGCCUCAGGCCCAAGGCGGCCGAGGGCCAGGAUUUUGACGACAUGUUCAUGCAGGCGGUCGAGGCCGGCGCCGAGGAUGUCGAGCAGGACGACGACGGAAAUGUGGUUGUGUGGACGCAGCCGGCGGCCACACACCAGACCGCGCAGGCCCUGAGCGUGGCUCUCGACGCCGAGAUCGUCACGUCCGACAUCAUCUGGAAGCCGACGGCCGACACGGUCAAGCUGGACGACGAGGCUGCCGCUGCACAGCUGGGCGACUUCCUGGCGGCUGUUCGGGACAAUGACGACGUGCAGGCCAUCUACGCAAACCCGGAGAAGGGUCAGAUACCGGACGAGGUGUGGAGAUCGAUAGACGACAAUCUCGACUAG